AGCGCGUUGCCUUUAGUGGCAUCGACUUUACAUGUUUUCAAGCCUUCUUGUUGUUAUCACACAUCACUUGUCACUAUCAAGUCAUUUAGUGCGAUAAAUAAAAAAAAAAAGAGGUGAUGAACAAAAACAAGAUGUCAAAUCGAGUGUUAAAAAGUGGGCUAAAAUAACAAUCUAAUUUGCAUGAGUUUGAUAUAAAUUGUUGUUACCAAGUGAAAUGAUAAAGAGACUAGUUGUUAAAAGGCAUUAGUAUGGUGUCUUUGUUUUCUUUAUUUUGUUUACAUUGAGGAUGAGUUUCUCCAAAGGGGUUUGAAUCGAUAUUCAAGACAGAAGCUUUUAGAACACUCGAAUAAUAUGCUGGAAUUGUUGUAGUUAACAGGCGUUCAUCGCUAAUUAAAAAUGAUGACUAAAAAAAAACCACAAACCCGCGGAUGGGGCUAGAUAACAUAGAUCACCUUUGAGCAGUCAUGUGGCGUAAGCAGUUUCUGAUGUGCUGCUGGUUCACCCUGCUGUCAGCAUCGCAAUCUCAUUCAGUUACAGAAUUAUCAACAACAGAAUCAACCACUACAACAUCUACAAAGACAGCCAAAGUAACAACCACUGCUAAACGCUCUAUUCCAACGGAUUCACCAAUGCUCAACUACAUAUUUGAUAUCCACAGUACACUAAACAAACAUCAACAUCACAGAGAUAAUCGUUGGGGUCCUCACUUUGAAGGAGAGAGUCAGAAUGUAACAGCUCAAGCUGGCGCAACAGUUAUGCUUGACUGUAAAAUAUCAUUACUUCAAGGGAAAACUGUAUCUUGGUUACGAAGACAUGAGGAUGGUGAAAAAAUGACACUUCUUACUUACGGUCAACAAACUUACACUGGUGAUCCUAGAUACAUGGUUGACUUCCAAUAUCCUGAUAACUGGCGCCUGAAAAUAAAAAGUGUAAACAGUAGUGAUGAAGGCCAAUAUGAAUGUCAAAUAAGCACACAUCCGCCAAUGACAAUUGUCGUUAAUCUUCACAUUAAUGCACCCUCGGUACAAAUUGUGGACGCAAUGGGGGAACCACUGAGAGACAAGUAUUACGAAGCGGACAGCACUAUAGAACUGUUGUGUGUAGUUCGACACAUGGCAAUGCAAGUACAAUACAGUGUGGUUCAGUGGCUUCAUGGCAAUAGGAUUUUAAAUUAUGAUACUACCAGAGGUGGAAUUAGUGUGAAGACAGACUUGAUGGAUGUUGGUGCAAAUUCAACGUUGAGUAUAGCAAGAGUGGGACCAGCCGACAGUGGUAAUUACACAUGUGUUCUCACUACCAUGCCAGAUCAGCCUGCAAUUGUCCAUGUUCAUGUACUAAACGGAGAAAGUCUAGCCGAGUUACAUCAUGGCACAGCAAACGUGCAAACAGUCCAGGACACCUAUCCACUAGUUUUCUUUGGUUUUAUCCUGGCACAACUGCUCUUAGUACCGAGAUGAAGAAUCGUCAAUACCAACAAUUCUAUUGUAAAGACGAUAAAAAAAAGUGACAGUCUAUAGAACGAUUGAAGUGAACAAAUCAUCAUUCUUAUAUCAUUAAAUAAUUGAUAAAAGUGUAUUCGUGAAAGACAAUUUACGGAUGUUUGAGUAAUUUAUAUAUUUAUCGGGAAAAAAUAUCUAUCAAUGAUAAAAAUUGAUGAUGUGAUUAUUACAUUCAUAAUUCAAUAUCGUCAUCACCAAAAAAAUAUAUGCGAAUUUUGUAAAAAAAAAUUACCUAAUUGAGUUAUCGAAUUGUUUAAUUGUUCUGUUUUU